GGGCUCCUCUAGAAAAAUUUGGCGCGAAACAUUCCACCAUCGAUCUACUACCCUUCUUCCUAAGCAAAGUUGAUUUCUUAUCUGAAGGUCUGGGUUUACGUGGCGUUUGUUUUGACAGGAGAAGAAGUGGAUGCUCUUUGGGCGACACUAAGGGAACUUAACACACUCUAACGUUAACUGACGCUGAAAUUCUGAGAAAAAUGGUCGUGGCUGCUGAAGACAAACGAAAUCUUCCAUGGGUGGAGAAGUACAGACCAAAGUGUUUAGAUGACCUCAUAUCUCACACAGAUAUCAUUAAUACCAUCCAGAGGUUUAUAAAUGAGGAAAGACUUCCACAUCUCUUAUUCUAUGGACCACCUGGAACAGGAAAGACUUCUACAAUCCUUGCAGUCGCCAAACAACUUUACCCUGACAAACAGUUUGGCUCCAUGGUUCUUGAGUUGAAUGCGUCUGAUGAUAGAGGUAUCGGAAUAGUGAGGGGAGACAUUCUAAGUUUUGCAAGUACCAGAACCAUUUUCAAGUCGGGAUUUAAGCUGGUAAUUUUGGAUGAAGCUGAUGCAAUGACGCAAGAUGCACAGAAUGCUCUCAGAAGAGUGAUGGAGAAAUUCACUGAGAACACAAGAUUUUGCUUAAUCUGUAACUACCUGACCAAGAUCAUACCAGCCCUGCAGUCACGCUGCACCCGGUUCAGGUUCGGCCCUCUCUCUGUGGACCAAAUGCUGCCAAGGCUUGAACAUGUUAUAGAAUCAGAAAGAGUGAACGUGACUGAUGAUGGGCGUAAGAGCCUUCUCCGCCUAGCUCAAGGGGACAUGCGUAAAGUGCUAAACAUUCUCCAGAGCACAUCUAUGGCUUACAGUGUUGUGAAUGAGGAUCAUGUUUAUCUGUGCACUGGACAGCCACAACCUACAGAUAUUGGUAACAUAGUGGAUUGGAUGCUGAACAAGGACUUUACCACUGCUUAUACCAAUAUACUGAAAUUGAAGACUCUCAAAGGUCUUGCUCUCCAGGAUAUUCUUGAGGAAACCCAUUCCUAUGUGCACAGGGUGGAUUUUCCUGCAAAAAUUAGAAUACACCUUCUUGAUAAAAUGGCAGAAGUUGAGUAUAGACUGGCCUCCGGUACAUCAGAAAAAAUCCAGUUAGGUUCUAUGAUCGCUGCCUUCCAAGUGGCUAGAGAUAUGAUAGAAGCUUAACACACACGUCUAUUAUAGCGUCCUGACACUGAAGAGGUCAGAAACCCCUAACCCUAUCACACAAAAAUCGUAAUAGAGUGAAAAGCCGUGUGAAAUCCUGCAGUUCAAGCUACUGUGAAAGGGUUGAAUCAUGAGAAAUUUUAAGCCUUUUAUACUUUUAUACGACUUGGGUUGUGUUCACCUAACAUGCACCAGAGGGGUUCACCCUUCGGUAUUGAGGUCUGAGAUUGGUGUUUCACAAAAAAGAAUGUUUGCUAGAAGGACAAAGGGGGUGAUGUUAAGACGACUGAAAGAAUUUCAUUUAUAUAUUUUAUUGACAUGCAACUCUCCCUGAUAUUGUUUAGACACAAUCAAGAGAAUUAUAACUUGCUGCACAACUUGUAUGUGAAAACAAAAGCAAAAAUAAAGACUAUGAAUUAUC